GCCUCGAGUGGCUCGUCGCGCUGAAGACCGGGAUGGGUGAUUGCACCACCCGACCGACCCUCACACACGCAAAACCAAACCCCACGCCCACGACGAUGGCGUGCCUUUCUCUCCCUUCUCCUUCCGUGCGCCUUCCUUUUUGACCGCUGACUUCCGACACCCUUUCUCCCUCCCUCCCCCUUCAUUGAUGGAUAGUGUCUCCCCCUUGAAGCUUCCAUUACAGAGUCCUCUCCCCUCUCCCCUCCUCGUUGUACCCCGUUAUCCUCGAAUGGCUUCUCUUCCGGUGCUGCUUCCCUGCCUCCUCCUGCUCCUCGCCGCUUCUCCGGCCUUGUCCACCAACCCCGAAGGGGAAGCGUUGCACGCAUGGAGGACGCGGCUGACGGAUCCCACCAACGUGCUGCAGAGCUGGGAUCCCACCCUCGUCAACCCCUGCACCUGGUUCCAUGUCACCUGCGACUCCCAGAACCGUGUUAUCCGCCUGGACCUGGGGAACUCCAACAUUUCCGGCUCUAUUGGCCCCGAGCUUGGCGGCCUCGAGCGCCUCCAGUACCUGGAGCUCUACCGGAACAACUUCCAAGGCAAGAUCCCGGCGGAGCUGGGCAACUUGAAGAGCCUCAUCAGCAUGGACUUGUACGGGAACCAGCUGCAGGGAGAGAUCCCCAAGUCCUUCGCCAAGUUGAAGUCACUUAGAUUCUUGCGGCUAAACAACAACAGGCUUUCCGGAUCCAUUCCCAGAGAGCUUGUCUUCCUCUCAAAUCUCAAAGUCCUGGACCUCUCAAACAAUGAUCUUUGUGGAACCAUUCCGAUCGAUGGGCCAUUCGCCAACUUCCCCCUUCAGAGUUUUGACAACAACAGCAGACUCAAUGGACCUGAGCUACAAGGCCUGGUCCCUUACGAUAUCGGCUGUUGAAUCCUACGAUAUCGACCGGUGUUGGUGCAUACCGCCGUCGAGUGCUUCCAGAUACUUAGAAAGAUGGCUAUAGUACAAAGGUUUAAGUUACAGAAUCUUGGAAUACCUAUAAUCUAAUAUGCUAUGUUUAAAGUGUUAUGUGGCAAAAGAAUCUACAUCAACAAUGAACACAUAAAUUGGGAUGAAGAUGGGACUUGUUUUGGUUUCCUAGCA